AUGGAAAGAAUGAUUCUCGAAAACGCUGAAAGACAAACUUCAUAUCGAAGUAGAGCCAAAGAAUGCAAGGAGCUGCCGAUUUCUGCAGGAGACUCAUUGCAGGGAAAGGUGUGGUGUCGGUCUCCUCCAGGAUUCGGCUGGACAGGCGCUGAGAACAGGUUAGACGACCAGUUAAUGUGCGGGAUUGAUAAUCGGAAUCCAAACACACAGGCGCAUACAAACACAGUAACGCUGCAUACCAACUCAAUUCAAUGCGGAUCUUAUUGUUCACGAAAAAAACGAGUUCUGCACCAUUGUUCUGGCGUUGAAAUGCCGAAAAUGGGAAGCGGUGGGGAAGAAGGAAGCGAACAGUUGAAGCUUCUUCUCGCUAGUUUGCAUGGACUGCGAGAAGUGGAAGCGCUGCAAGAGUUUGGUGGCAGCGAGACAAUAGCCGAACUGCCGCCAAGGUUUGAGGCGGCCGGCUGUCGCUGGUUGGCAAUGAGUGUGUUAUAUCUCGUAUCUAUGUGGUAUAUCCAAGGUCAAUCGCUCCCUGUGAGGAUAAACAUGCGCAUACUUUGCAUACUGUGCAUGGUUUUGGGCGAAGGGGACUAUCGCGGCUCGUGUUUUGCGCGUUUUCCGCCUGAAUUCAAUGACUUUUGGACUCAAAACUUGCAUGAUUUUUGA